GAACGUCCGUACCUACUGGCACCAAUAAAUCGACAACAGGCCCUGCACAACCCCCUACUGAUACCAGCGGUGAUCUUGUCGACUCGCAAGGUGCCAAGCUCUGUGUGGGCUCCAAAUACAAGAUCCGUUUCGCAGACGGUACAGAGCUCGGUCCUGGCCACCUAGGCUUAGGAUACUCCAUGGGCGGCAUCACACUCGUCAGUCCACGCAAGAGCAACUCCGGUGCAGUGUUCCACUUCGUGCUCGAGGCAGGCGUCACAGACAAGACUUGGAAGUCUGGAAAGGUGGCGUAUAUAGGUGGAACGUUCUCAGAGCUCGAUGGUAAGAGCGUGAACAAGUACAUCUCGCUCUCAACGCCUUCGGACAAGGAAGUGCUCGCGUUCUGGACGUAUGAGGAUGCUCAAAAUGAGAGAGGCCAUUCUUAUGGGUUCAUCGCGAAGCAGAUGCCAAACCAUAGGAUUGCGCUGUACGCUCGUGAUCAGAAGAGGAAUGAGUGUGGGUUGAUAGUUGUUGGGGACAAAAUUAUCAAGGAUCGCAGCAACUUGGGCGUCGCACUGGAUUGUACUUUUGUCAAGGUAGCGUAGCGCCUUUUCGUAUAUCCUUGGACAAUUGCAUUUCUUGUCAUGAGAGAUGGAUGGUUCAUGCAACUUUUCUA